AUGAUGAGAAAGACACCCUCGUCUGCGAUGCAAAAGACGUACGACGAAUGCUACCUGAUAUGCUCAACAGCAAUCUACUUCGAGGGGCAGAACAAUGAAGCCGAAGCGCUGCGAGCCUGGCGCAAUGCACUCGACCAGAUCUACUACCACAAUGCCUACAAGAUGCCCUCCAACUACGCACCACGAUCCGAGACGGAGAAGGCUUUGCAGGAUUCACUGCGAGCCAUGGAGCUGCAGUGUAAGGAACGGGUAGACUUGCUCGAAGCACUGCGAAAGAGCCGGCUGGAAGCAGCGGAGGAAGCAAAGGCAGCGGCGGGAGGAGACAUCAGCACUGGCCCGAACGUCCUUUCUAAGAGCAGGGAGUCUUUGGCUUCGAUACAGCAGUCAUCGUCGAAUGGUCAAAGUAGUACUCCUGGAUGGCUGGGCAAUGAUACCAUACCGCAAGCGACUUAUGCGAGCAUUCCAAAGCCUCAAGCAUUCACCGAACGACGACCGGCGCAACCUCCACGACCUUCGUAUAACACCACAAAGAGCUCAGCAGAUGAUAUGCCGCGGACUAGGAGUUUGCAGCCUGGAUUGUCAUCUAAUCUGACGACACCUGUUGGCGACAGCUCAAGAGCAAGAACACCUAGUCCGGAGAAGAAGGGCGGCAUGUUGAAGACAUUACGGGCGGGUAACAAGGACCGGGCGUCGUCAGGCGGAAAGAUGGCCAGUAGUAUGCGCAGUCGGCCUCCACCAGCCGCUGCCAGCGCCGCGAGUCUGAGCUGGUCAGGACGUCCACCGAGGCCAUCGUUGCCGCAGAAUGGAAGCUCGAAUCUCGCGACUAGCUCGGCUGCGACAGCGACAUCAUGGGACCCGUAUACCAGAUCACUGGUGGAACGACCAAAGCAGGACAACGCGAUGGCGCCAGACAGGAGGGCAUCCGACAAUGCAUUCGUACGACCACCCAGUCCGUCCGACUAUGUCCAGCAGCACAGCACCAGUGAUCAUGAAGGAUUGAACAAGACGCGCAGCUACCCACCUCCAUACCCUGAAUAUCCUACCAUGAAUCCUUAUGCACAAGCAGCCUUCAACCACAGCAACAGCUCUGUAGACACCGCAAAGGCUCCUCCGCCCCCGCCCCACUCCGCGCCACCGACGUCGAAUCAAUCACAAGCACCACCUGCAACACUAGCUUCGAUGGGAGGACCGACUUCGAUAUCAUAUAUGAAGGAGUAUCCAAGCUCGCCCGCACGAACAAAAAGAGCACCCCCUCCUGUUCCAGGUAAACCUAGUGGUCGGAACUCCGACUCUGAUGGGCCAUCACGAUCAGCAGCUGGCAAGACAGUACCUGCGAGAACAAGCCCAAAGCUAGCCAUACAGCGCAAAGCCGUUGGCGGUAGAGUCGCGGGCGUCGUGAACGCCAUGGCGGAGCGGCAAAGACUCGACAAUACGAUACCGCCCACAAGCAAGAAUCACCUCCCGAGCAGCGGCGCAGGUGGAGCUUCACGAAGGCCGAGUGCAAAGCGAAAGAUCGAGAGCAAACCUGUACCAGCGCGAGCGAUGACCCCACCCACGACAGACGAUUCUCCGGAUUCCGACUAUGCAGAAUCACCGAGUGAAGAGCAGGUGUGGGAGCAGCGGGUGAAGAAAGUCAUGAAGAACCUACCGAAGGGCGUGGACGAAGCUGCAGCAAAGCAGAUCUUCAACGAGAUUGUCAUUCAAGGUGAUGAGGUGCACUGGGACGAUGUCGCAGGUCUUGACAUCGCCAAGUCUGCCCUCAAAGAGACUGUCGUCUAUCCGUUCCUCCGGCCAGACCUAUUCAUGGGUCUCCGCGAGCCAGCAAGAGGUAUGCUCCUCUUUGGACCUCCUGGAACGGGAAAGACAAUGCUUGCUCGUGCUGUAGCAACCGAGAGCAAGAGUGUGUUCUUCGCCAUAUCAGCUAGCAGCUUGACGUCGAAAUUCUUGGGUGAAAGUGAAAAGCUGGUUCGCGCGCUUUUCGCCCUGGCAAAGGAGCUUGCGCCGAGUAUCAUCUUCGUCGACGAGAUUGACUCUUUACUGGGCAGUCGAGGUGGUAGCAGCGAGCACGAAGCUACAAGAAGGAUCAAAACCGAGUUCCUCAUCGGCUGGUCUGACCUACAGAAAGCUGCAGCUGGUCGUGAGUCCACUACAGGCGAUGCAUCGAGAGUCCUGGUUCUGGCUGCAACCAACCUACCUUGGGCGAUCGACGAAGCUGCCAGACGACGAUUCGUGCGGAGGCAAUACAUUCCACUGCCAGAAGACUUUGUCCGCGAGCAACAGCUCCGCACUUUGCUCGCUGCGCAACGACACAGCCUAAAGGACCGCGACAUGAAAGUCCUCGUCCAACUCACAGAUGGCUUCUCAGGCUCCGACAUCACAGCACUCGCCAAAGAUGCAGCAAUGGGACCACUCCGAUCCCUGGGAGAACGAUUACUGCACAUGUCACCCGAUGACAUUCGACCAAUACAGAUGAAAGACUUUGAAGCGAGUCUGGUCAACAUUCGACCUUCAGUGAGCAAACAGGGCUUGAAGGAGUUUGAGGACUGGGCGAGGGAGUUUGGAGAGCGUGGAGGAUAG